AUGCGCCGGAUGCUUCCACGCGAAAACACGAUUGACACGUGGAACGGAAUGAAUGACACGAGGUUUCACCGCGCUCGCAGCAAAACACUGCAUCUUGGACCUUGCUCAGCCUUGUACGGGUCUAUUUGGAACUCAAUACAAGACCUCAAAACCGAAAUCAAGCCCACACGCACCACUCAACACAAACCCCAGCUCAUCCUCUAUAUACCCACGCGGUUUAGGUAUCAGCUCAAUGAUCAUUUGUUUCCAGCAUCAAACCCAUCCUCAGCAUACAAACCGCCCAACCAGCCAUGCCACGGCAAGUCCCGCAUCGGGGAAGUGACGCAUCGCAGCACCGACCGUGACGAGGCUGAAGCUGCGAUAUUUCUCAUCUGCAAAUGCCAGGGGUUUGCACAAUGA